UGCAUAAUUGACAGGUUGUUUCAGAGUGAAGUUUGCUAAUGUGUUGUUGUGUGGGUACGCCGCAAUAGUUUGUCAGAUAAUAAUUUGCACAACCAAAGUAGAAAAUGAGCAAUGUUUAAUUAACUACGGGCGUAUAUUUUGCAACGUGUUUGUAAAAACUUAAUAGCCUAAGGGGACCAAUUGCAAUUGUUUCCGACGAAGAAAUUUCCCGUAUUAAAAGUGUGAAUGUUUGUUUCUAAUGAAUAUGAAGUGCAUGCAGGCAAUAUUAGUAAAAUAUAACAGUGGCCCAUUAAUUAUUGAAAACAUUUUAAACGCAUUAAAAUCAAACCAUAAUUAAAUAUAUUUGCCUAAAGUUCGGUUUUAUCGGUUUUAAUUAAAUUACAAAUGUUUGUGGUUUAUUGCAUAGUUAAUGUGAGUGCAUCGGUUGUUUGAAAGCGUAAACGAAGGACUUAAUCUAUAAGUGAUACUUGUUUUCAUUACAUUGUCAAGAAUACUUUAAUUAUAGAUUAAGUAUGGCUGAGGCGGCGGUGAAUGAUCAAAUCCAUGGUUAUCAUGAUAAUGACUCGAGUGAUACAUGCCACCUACGUAUUAUAAUUAUUAACGGAAAAUCUUUAGCGAAAAAGGAUAUAUUUGGAGCAAGUGAUCCAUAUGUAAGGAUUGAUUUAAAUACAAUUAAUGGUGAUAUAAAUAUAGAUUCAGUUUUGACGAAGACCAAAAAGAAGACUCUCAACCCUACUUGGAAUGAAGAAUUCGUAUUUAGGGUAAAACCUUCAGAACACAAAUUGGUGUUUCAAGUAUUCGAUGAAAAUCGACUAACCCGAGAUGAUUUUCUUGGCAUGGUUGAAUUGACGCUUAGUAAUCUACCAACAGAGCAAGAGAAUAUGACUAUAACUCCACAAAGCUACUCAUUAAGACCGAGAAGGUCAGUAGGCAGCGUAAAGUCGCGGAUAAAGGGCACAUUAGAGAUUUAUCAUGCAUUUAUACAUGAAUCGGGUGAGUCGAGCGAAGCUGACGCCGUUGAUGGGGAAUGGGAGCAUGUGGACAGUGCUUCAAGAAUGAGUGGAACUCAAGCGGGUCAAUUCCCGUCCAAUGUUAAUCACGAUCCAUUGCCGUCUGGUUGGGAAGAACGACAAGACGCAAAUGGGAGAACAUAUUAUGUUAAUCAUACUGCACGUACUACGCAAUGGGAGCGCCCAUUAGUCUCAGCAACUAGUAAUAGCAAUGUGAAUGUUGAAGCAGCAGCUUCUGAUUUCCAACGACGUUUUCAUAUAAGCGUGGAUGAAUCUGACUCUAGCAGACCUCCGGCUACGCCUAGAUCAGAUGAAGAUGCUUUGCCGCCAAAUUGGUCUAUGCAAGUGGCACCAAAUGGUAGAACCUUUUUCAUAGAUCAUGCAGCGCGACGUACGACAUGGAUAGAUCCACGAAAUGGUCGCGCUAGCCCCAUGCCAAAUCAAACACGUAGAGUUGAGGACGAUUUGGGACCCCUGCCCGAGGGUUGGGAAGAACGUGUUCAUACAGAUGGACGAGUCUUUUAUAUUGAUCAUAACACUCGCACUACCCAGUGGGAAGAUCCAAGAUUAUCAAAUCCUAAUAUAGCUGGCCAAGCUGUCCCAUAUUCCAGAGACUACAAACAGAAGUACGAGUAUUUCAAGAGUCAUAUUAGAAAACCGACAAAUGUUCCUAAUAAAUUUGAGAUUCGUAUUCGUCGUACCUCCAUUUUGGAAGACUCGUAUCGAAUCAUUAACUCUGUGACAAAAACCGAUUUGUUAAAAACUAAACUAUGGGUGGAAUUCGAGGGCGAGACGGGAUUAGAUUACGGAGGGCUAGCAAGGGAAUGGUUCUAUUUGUUGUCAAAGGAAAUGUUCAACCCAUAUUAUGGACUGUUUGAAUAUUCGGCCAUGGAUAAUUACACAUUACAAAUAAAUAAUGGCAGUGGUUUGUGUAAUGAGGAGCACUUAAGUUAUUUCAAAUUCAUUGGUCGUAUAGCUGGCAUGGCUGUUUAUCACGGAAAACUGUUAGAUGCGUUUUUCAUACGUCCAUUUUAUAAGAUGAUGCUUCAAAAACCAAUUGAUUUAAAAGAUAUGGAAUCAGUUGAUACCGAGUAUUAUAAUUCUUUAAUGUGGAUAAAGGAAAAUGAUCCACGGCAAUUGGAAUUGACUUUUUCAUUAGAUGAAGACACGUUUGGCCAAAAGAGUCAACACGAACUAAAGCCAGGAGGCUCUAAUAUUGAAGUUACUGACGAGAACAAAGAUGAAUACAUUAAACUUGUUAUUGAAUGGCGUUUCGUAGCACGGGUCAAGGAACAAAUGUCAUCGUUUUUGGAUGGAUUUGGUUCAAUAAUUCCAUUAAAUUUAAUUAAGAUAUUUGACGAACACGAGUUAGAAUUGUUGAUGUGUGGUAUACAAAACAUUGAUGUAAAGGAUUGGCGAGAAAAUACCCUCUACAAGGGAGACUAUCACCAAAACCACAUAAUAAUACAAUGGUUUUGGCGUGCUGUACUCUCAUUUUCAAAUGAGAUGCGAUCGCGCUUACUACAGUUUGUUACUGGCACUUCACGCGUUCCAAUGAAUGGCUUCAAAGAGUUGUAUGGUUCAAAUGGUCCACAAAUGUUUACCAUUGAAAAGUGGGGCACUCCUAACAACUUUCCUCGAGCACAUACCUGUUUCAAUCGUUUGGAUUUACCACCUUAUGAAGGAUAUGUUCAGUUGAAAGAUAAACUAGUUAAAGCUAUUGAGGGUAGCCAAGGUUUUGCUGGCGUUGAUUAAUAUCUCUAGCAAUGAUAAAAUUCUCAAUAGCAACGAAAAUAUCCGCCAUAUAAGAUAAAAUGCGGAGUCGAGGCCUUUUACGCUGACUUGUGUACUUAUUUUUCUGUUUAUUACUACUAUAUAAUAAUAAUUUUACGAACUUCCUGUUAUAAAAAAAAUUAAAAUACAAAAUUAUAUUAUACCAUG